AUGCACCUAUUAAAUGGAAAGUCACUGGAAGAAGACUGGUUGGGCUGUUCACACCCUGGCUUACACAGCACACCUGAAGGAAUACAGAAACACCUUAUCGGCUGCAUGUUCAAGAGUUUUGUAGUUUCAAAACCUUCUGAGCUAAUGUGCAGAAUUCAGCAAAUAUUUCAACUAAAUGGGUUAUACCAAAGUGGAGACAUCAUUUUAGGAGGCAUUUUUGCAUUGAAUUACAAAACAACAGCACCAGACCUGUCUUUUACACAUGAUCCAGGACAAUGGAAAUGUGAUGGCUUUGAAGUUUCAGAAUAUCAGAGGGUUCAAACAAUGAUUUUUGCAAUUCAGGAAAUAAACAAUGAUCAACGCAUUCUUCCUAACAUAACCCUUGGCUACAGGAUUUUUGACAGUUGUGUUAAUCUUCCAAUAGCCCUAAGAGCUGCAGUCACCCUGUUAAGUGGACGUGAUGGUGUUCUAUUUAAUGAUGAUUGCAAAGGGCUUCCACCUCUUCUUGCCAUUGUGGGCAAUCCUUUAUCCUCACAUUCAAUUGCCAUGUCAAGGAUCAUGAGUCUUUUUCGCAUUCCUAUGGUCAGUCAUUAUGCAACAUGCUCCUGCUUAAGUGAUAAACAAGAAUAUCCAUCAUUCCUGAGGACAAUACCAAGUGAUGCGUUUCAAGUGAAAGCUAUUAUUCAUAUCAUUAAACAUUUUGGCUGGCUGUGGGUAGGUGUAAUAGCAAGUGAUGAUGAUUAUGGACAAAAUGCUGUCAAGAGCUUUACUGAAGAGGUUAACAAAAUUGGCUGCAUUUCUUUUAGUGAAUCAAUAUCAGCUGUUCCUUCUAAAAACAGAAUUUUUCAAAUAGUAAAUAUUAUCGAGAAAUCUACUGCUAAGGUCAUUGUUGCUUUUUCUGGGGAAGGAAAAUUAAGUAAUUUAUUUCAAGAAAUUGUUCUCCAAAAUAUUACUGGCAGGCAGUGGAUUGCAAGUGAAGCUUGGAGUACCUCUAAUUUAUUGUCCAGUAAAAAAAACUUUGAUUGUUUUGGGGGAACAAUUGGUAUAGCUAUUCGCAGAGGAGACAUUCCUGGAUUACAAAAUUUCCUUCUUCAAGUGCAACCAGAUCACAAUCCCCAGAAUAACCUGGCAAUAGAAUUUUGGGAAACCUUAUUUAAUUGCAAAUUUCCAGAAACAAUAAAAAAACAGAAUUUUUCUGUUUUACCUGCCAUUAGAGUAUGCACAGGAUCUGAAGAUAUUAAACUUGCUAAAACAGCAUAUAGUGAUGUAACAAAAUUGAGGUCAUCAUACAACGUUUACAAAGCAGUUUACGCCAUUGCACAUGCCCUGCAUAACUUAAUUUUCUGUGAAAGUGGAAAAGGGCCAUUUAUAAACAAUACUUGUGCUAACAUAACACUUUUACAGCCUUGGCAACUUUUGCAUUAUCUGAAGAACGUGAAUUUCACAAACAAGUUGGGAGAAAGAGUGGCUUUUAAUGAAAAUGGGGAUGCUGUUGGAAUCUAUGACAUUGUCAACUGGCAAAAAUCAGAUGACGGAGGUGUGACAAUCAAAAGCAUUGGCUUUUUUGAUGAAUCAGCAGCAGCUGGAGAAGAAGUUAAAAUUAAUGAAGAUGAAAUCUUUUGGAAUUUUAAAUCAGGAGCUGCUCCUAUAUCCAUCUGCAGUAAAAGCUGUAUGCCCGGGACAAGGAAAGCCACGAGGAAGGGAGAGCCAAUCUGUUGUUUUGAUUGUGUGCCAUGUGCAGAUGGGGAAAUCAGCAGUCAUAUUGAUUCUGUUGAAUGUGUCAAGUGUCCUCAAGACUUUUGGUCCAACCAUGAAAGAAACCAAUGUAUAAUGAAAGAAACUGAGUUUUUGUCAUACAUAGAUGCAAUGGGAAUUACCUUAGUAAUAAUAGCAUCAUUUGGGGCAUGCCUUUCAGUCAUGGCAUUAGCAGUGUUUGUUUAUCACAGAAACACCCCAGUUGUUAAAGCCAACAAUUCUGAGCUGAGUUUCAUUUUGCUAGUAUCCCUUACUUUAUGUUUCCUUUGCUCAUUGUGUUUCAUUGGGCAGCCAUCUUAUGCAACAUGCAUGCUCAGACACCUAGUGUUUGGUGUUAGCUUUGCGCUAUGCAUUUCUUGCAUUCUUGUGAAAACCAUUGUGGUAAUAAUGGCAUUUAAAGCCAGACAGCCCACUAAUAACAUGAUGAAAUGGUUUGGUGUUUCCCAUCAAAGAGGCACUGUUGUGCUUUUCACCUUGAUUCAGUCUAUAAUAUGUAUUUUAUGGUUGUCCACAGCUCCACCAAAUCCAACUAAAAACACAAAAGUUCAAAAUGAAAAAAUCAUAUUAGAGUGUGACGUUGGAUCAGUAAUUGGAUUUAGCUCUCUUCUUGGUUAUAUUGGACUAUUGGCUUCCAUUUGCUUUGUGUUGGCUUUUCUUGCUAGAAAACUGCCAGACACAUUUAAUGAAGCCAAAUUCAUCACAUUCAGCAUGCUCAUCUUCUGUGCAGUUUGGAUAACUUUUGUCCCUGCCUAUGUCAGCUCUCCUGGAAAACACACAGUGGCUGUAGAAGUGUUUGCCAUCUUAGCAUCUAGUUUUGGCCUUCUUAUUGCAAUAUUUGCUCCAAAAUUUUACAUUAUUAUAUUUAAGCCUGAGAAGAAUACCAAAAAAGCCCUCAUGAAAAGAUAA